AUGAAUUUCACAAAUAUCACGUCGUUUAAUGGAAGUAUUACUGAGAUUCCGGACACAUCUUGGAAUAUCUCAGCUCCGAGUCAAUCUUCUGAAAAGACGUUUUCUGCUCUGCACAACUAUUAUAAUCAUCACGAUCAAAUUGAUUACAUUACUUUUAAUAAGUUUAUCAAUACAAGCUCGCAUUUCUUAUAUCCGGAGUUUUUGAAUACCAGUUUAUUUGAUUUUAUCCGUCUUGGGGUAUCUGUUCUUGGGAUUAUUUGCAAUAUCUCAGUAUUGGUGGCAAACUUGGUAAAUGGUAGAAACAAACAUGGAAUACUCAAAAUUCGAUUACUUGUUUUAUUCCUUAUUCUGGUAAUGACAAUAACAUGCAUUUUGAUGACAGUGAUAUUUGUAUUCGAUUGUUUGACGAAUGUUUAUGUGGAUCUUCAAAAGCUAUGGAGUGAAUCUCAGAAUCAAGAUGAAAUAUCAUUUCUGUGGAGGAACCUAGCUGAUUUUUUGCUACAACCGAUGUUCGAUCUACAGUCAAUUAUGAUGAUGUACAUUGCGCUUGAUAGAUAUGCCAGUCUAUUUGUGGGUUAUUGGCCAUUCGUCGAAAAUCGAAAGCGAUUAGCAUACUUCUUGAUAGCGCCACUGAUCUUCGCAUUUAUACUGAUGAGUCCGGGAAUUCAGCAUUUCGUGUUACCGUUCGAAAGUUUCAUCUAUGCCAGACUUGCACUUUUGCUACUCCCAUCAGCAAUUUCAUUUCUUCUCCUUUCAGUUUGUCUUGUGAUCAAGAAAGAGAGACUGAAUUAUGACCCUGGGUUUAGCAUUUCUCUCUCAAAAGCACUGGUUCGUGUACUCUACGUUUUCGUUAUCAUUGACUUCAUCAGCCGACUUUUCCUUUUCUUCCGCCUUGCCGAGGACAACAUUGACUUUGUUGUUCUAACUGGAUCGGAGAACGGAGACUUUGUUCUUCAUACUUUUCUUAAUAUUGGCUUACAAGUUUCCAUCUGCGUCUACUAUCUGGCGCCAGUGUAUAUUCCAAUUGCCCUUUCUCUCUUUGUCAAACAUUUCAGGGAUUCGAUAUGCUGCUGUCAACGGCUCAAUAAAGUGCACAUCAUCUAA